UAUUUUUUUCAAGAUUAUUUAUAAUUCGCGGAAUCAUCAAUUGUGAGUAGACGUGCGCGAGUUGUUUAUUAUCUUUCUGAAGAAAUCGCUAAUAUUGUAAUCUUGAAAGUCGCAAUAACAAAUUGUUUUGUUUUCUUCGUUACGUUCCGUAAGGAAGAGUAGUUCUCAAUCGAACGAGGAAGUGUUCACACGGCUUGUCUUUAGCUGUUACUAAUCUUCUUUUACAUUUUCUAUUUUCUAUCGAGAACGAUUUAACUCGUCUAUAAGGCGUAAUAUAUUAUUUUUUCGCGAUGUUUACGGGUACGUUAAAGAUCGAAAUAUGCGAAGCUGUCGGACUUAGAGUGACCGACACACAACGAGAAUUUUCGCACGAGGAAUCAAUAUUAAAUUGUUACGUUCAAAUUGACAUCAACGAGAAUCAUCUUGAUCGUUCAUCAACCAAAUACAAUACCCUUGAUCCCAUUUGGAACGAAAUCUACACGCAUGACGUCCAGGAUGCUGUCACACUUAAAUUAAUUAUUUUUCACGAAGUAGAUUUACCAUAUAAUUAUUUUGUUGCCAAUUGCAGCAUUCCAUUCGAUGAACUCGUUAGAGGAGCAGUCGACAAAACUGCUGAUCUUUGGAUUGACCUUGAACCUCAAGGAAAAUUGCGAGUGAAAAUAAAUUUAAAGUGGAGCGAUUCAGAUGAUUUUCGGGGAAUGGCUUGUAAAGAAUCCGUUGGUAGAAGUAACCAAGAAGAUAUUAGUUCUAGAAGAGAAUCCACAAAUAUGCAGGGAUUCAAUCAUCAAAGAGAUUCUAUGAGUCAUCGAAUUCACCAAGUGCAUGGUCACAAAUUUGUGGCUGCGUUCUUAAAGCAACCAUCGUUCUGCUCUCAUUGCCACAAAUUUAUAUGGGGUUUUGGCAAGCAGGGCUAUCGGUGUCAAGUUUGCUCUUGCGUAGUUCACAAACGAUGUCAUAAAUUGGUUAUUGCAAAAUGUUCUGGAAUGUUAGAUGAGAACAGGGAAACUGGAUUGCAAUCACAUCAAAAUGAGAUAGAUGUACCACAUCAAUUCUUUGUUCAUUCAUAUAAAAGGUGUACAUUCUGUGAUCAUUGUGGUUCUCUUUUAUAUGGAUUAUAUAAACAAGGCGAACAAUGCAAAGUUUGUAAUAUUAAUAUCCAUAAAAGAUGCCAUAAAAAUGUGGCUCACAAUUGCGGUAUGAACACAAAGGAGAUAAUAUAAUUUUAAGCUUAAUUAAAUUAAAAUGUUUGUUUUAAAAGCAAAAGAAAGUAAUUUUUAUAUGAAUUUGGAACAAGGAUCAAGUGGUACAAAAAUACAUCUGAAAGGAAAUGCGAUUUUUUUGGAAUUCGAAAUAAUUGAACAAACAGUUAAUCUGGUUUUAGCAAUCACACUUAAUCUUUUUAAUCUUGUAUUUAACAUGAUUGAUACAUUGAUUUAUAAGUACGUAGAUUAUACAUAUACUUAGAUUGUAAUAUAUAUACAGAUUUUAAAGAUUUUAAUCUAUACAAGGUGUGCCAUUAAUUCUUAAGCAAUUUUAAAAGUCAAUUAUUCUUUUUCGAGAUUUUUUUCACAAAAUAAUAACAGAUUUUUAAAAUCGCUUAUGGGAACUUUUGGACCACUCUAUAUUUUAUAAAUAUUUUAAUCGAAACUAAUAUAUAUUAAUGGUUUUUUUGGUGGAAGAUAAUUCAAUAACAUUAUUACAUUGAUACAUCAAUGUAAAUUUAGAUCCAUAGCUCUUCGAUUGUUUAUAUAAAUCAAUAAAGAUCGCGAUUUACUUAG